CUCUCGUCAUAGCAUCGCGAUGUCUCCUAAGGUACUUCUGCUGUUGGGUCUGGCUGCCCUCGCGGCCGCGGACAAACUCCCCUCCUACUCAUACAAUGCUCCCCAGGACUCCCUCGAGGACUCCGACGAGGCCGAGCCGCCCAAGUACGACUUCGCGUUCGGCGUGAAGGACGGCUACUCGGGCGCCGACUUCGCCCACCAGGAGGCCCGCGACGAGGACGAGACUCGAGGCUCCUACAGCGUGCAGCUCCCCGACGGCCGCCUGCAGAAGGUCACCUACUACGUGGACGGCGACAACGGCUACGUGGCUGAGGUCACCUACGAAGGGGAAGCCAAGUUCCCUGACUCUGAGGAAUAUCGGGAGUCCUCAGAACGAAGCUAUGAAGCCCCAAGGCCCAGUUACGAAGCCCCGAGGCCCAGUUACGAGCCCCGAGGCCCAGUUAUUCAGCCCCGAGGCCCCACUUUGGUUAAAGGCUACUUUGCGUAAGUGGUCGGAAGUUCCUGCAUUCUCCGAUUCUUCUCUCGCGAUCUCCGACUACCUCACGGCAAGCAAGUCCGUGGACUGAAUUGCUGUUUCUGUACUUGAUUUGAAAUAUUAUUUAUUAAACAUACAACUGAAAAA